AUGGUGAACUUCAACAUAGCCUACACCUCCCGCGUCAAUCCCGCCGGCGCAACCCCGGUACUCAACCAAGCACAGAUCUGGGCCGGCCUACAGCGCAAGAUACGUUUCGCCCAAGAAUUCGUCCCCGUAAUUGAGAGCUGCGACGUACUCGAAGAAAAAGAUGGUGUCGUAACCCGAGAUGUCAAGUUCAAGAAGGGAAUGGGGCCCAAGGACCAGGCCAAGGAAGUUGUCAGGAGCUACUGGCCGAGUUGGGUCGAUUUUGAGCAGGAGGACGGGACGCACAUCCGCAACAUCGUCUCUGAUGGCCCGUCUGGCGAGAUCGAGGACUUGAACAUGACGUACAUGUUUGAGUUUGUUGUGCCGCAUGUGCAGGAGGGGACUCCAGAGGCGGAGAAGGAGAUUCAGAAGUUUAAGGGUAUGGCAAAGAAAGCGGUCGAGAGCAGUAUUGAUGCUAUUCGGGAGAUGGUAAAGGAUGGGAGGAUCAAGGAGUAA